CGUAGUCAACGAAAAGAGUUCGCGCGUUUUGCGCUGGAGCGAUUGUGAUCCUGUCAAAGCUGUCAAACAAUAGGCAUCAUGUCAAGGUUUUGAUAUUGGACUUGACAGUAUGUUGAUGUUGGAGCUGGUGUUUACCUCUACAGUCAAAGCGGCAGUGAAGCUGUAGCUGAAGGAAGAAUGGCACCGAGUCAGGACGCACAGUUGGAGAAAGUUAUCGAUGAUGUGUUGAAGAAUGGGAAUAUCCAAGCGCUGGAUUCAUUUCUGCAAAGGGACAUGCAGGAUGGGAUCCCCAUAAAAUGCUCCCAGCAGUUUCUCACAAGAUUGGAUAAACUUGUCAGCGGGAGUUUGGAUCAAAAAGAAUCAGCGAAAUCAGCCAGUUUGGGUCUCGCUAUCCUCCACAAGUGUAGGAACAACCUGAAACUCCCUGGUUAUCGCGACGGACUGGCAGGAAUAGUAGCUCAAGGCCUGCUCAAAAAGAUGGUACAGUGGUUUGAGAAAUGCAGGCAGCUGUGGAUUCAGUGUGGCCCGCAGUGGGAUGAGACCUUGUUCAGCCUCUCUGAGGAGUUCUUCGAUGCCUUAAUGGUGGUUCACGAGUCAUGCAAAGAAGGAACAUACAAAGUCACAGAGUCCUUCCUGUAUCCUGUUGGCCAGUUGGCAGUAGACCCCAGAAUCUACAUCCUGAUCCAAAGAGAGGCUAUUCGUAAAUUUAACUUAAUUCUGGACAAAAUCCCAGUGGAGCUUAAGAAAAAGAAGAAGAUCCUAACAUCACAGGAGGCCUCAGAUAUCAUGAUCAAGAUGGCUGGUCAGAUAUUGGAUGGUGGUGAUUACGACUUGCAGACAGCCGUGAUGGAGGCAUUGUGCAGAAUGGCCGCUCCUGACCAGAGGAAGGAGCUGGCAGAUAAAUGGUUCACCAUGAAGCAUGUGGCCACUGCCUUUACCAAGAUCUGUGAUUCUGAGUUUGAGACGGAUUGUCGCAAGUUUCUAAACUUGGUGAAUGGGAUGCAGGGCGACAGGAGAAGAGUGUGUUCCUACCCUUGUUUGGAGGUUCAUCUGGACAAGAACGAGCUGCUGAUGCCCGCUGAUGAAAAGCUGGAAGAAUUUUGGAUCGACUUCAACCUCGGCAGCCACAGCAUUUCCUUCUACUUCUCUUUACCCGAUGAAGAAGCACAGGAUGGCCAGUGGGAGACAAUUUGCAUCAGCGAGCAUGAAGUCCACAGCUACACUGUCACAGAGGAGGGGACGAUGAAGGUCUUGCAGUUAAAGCUGACAGAGGUGGUGGUUGUGGGUGCGGUGGAAGGAUCAAGUCUUACCAUCCACUUCAGCUCCUCCCUGGAUAUCCUGCAGGCUGCUCGAAGAGUCUAUGGACACCGUAAAGACAAAGGCUUUGUGGGGAAAACAGGCACAUCUGUAGUGAAGACUACAGUUAAAAUUAUAAUGGACGAGAACAAUUCCCAGGUUGUUCCAGAGAGUCAGGUGUCCCUUGGUGAUAGUGAGAAAAAUACUGCUCCCUACCCUUUACCUGCCCCGUCUGCACCUGUCCAGAUGGUGACCCCCGCUAAGAUGAGGAUUUCAGAGUCUACCACCUUCAUCAGCAGCAGUGCGGCAGGAAGCGUGCAUGGUUCCAGUUCCCUCUCUGCUGUUAUGCCAGCAAACAUUCCAGCCAAGACUAAAGGGAAGCCAUCUCUGCAGAUGGUUCGUUCAUGUGAUCGGAAAAGUGAAUUUUUCACGGGAGAGCUAAGGACAACCGCUAAGACCUGCAGCCAUGACACAACACCUAACAGCACAAUAGCAGGUGGCAUGAUAGAGCAGAGUGAUGCAUCUCUACAGAGCACGGCUUCCAAACAGGCCAAUAAGGAUAAAGUUGACAAACACAAAAAGAACAUACCAGUGGCGAAAGCAGUAGACAUGAUUCUGUCUGGACAGGGAGAAGAGCAUUCUCUGGAGCCUAACUUCGUGCCUGACACCCAACCCAGAACUAAGCAGAACACGUGGACCAAACUCUCAGUUUCUGAAAUGCUGAUGAUGCCCACACAGAAAAUCAAUUCUCUGCCGAGACCUGAGCCUCAUUCAGGUUUGUCACAGCAUCGGGAUCGCCAGUCCUCAGCACAGAGACUAUCAGCUCCAAUUCACGGCCCAAUCAGCCAAAAGCAGCUCCACACCGAACUCACUCAGCGUCUGCAGCAGGUCCUCAGUGAGAGGAACCAAGAUCCAGCACUUGAGGAGACAACUGCACCUCUGCAGAGAAAAAUGUCUGCUGUCAGAGAGGACUCUAAAGGCAGAAGCUCUGCAAACCGGACUGCUCCCAAAGAGCAGAAGGCCCAGAGAAGUGACCUGGCCAAAGGGAAGAGCAAAGGCCAAAUACCCCUGGAGGUAGAUGCUGCUCUAAUCAAAGCUCCAGCCAAGGCCUCCACAACCAAAGGUUUGCAGGAGAGAAAAACGCCCAACGUUAUGGUUGAAACUAACAGAGCACUUUCAAGCAAAGAGAAGAGAGAUGCAGAGGUUGCAGGCGGCAUGGUGAAGCUCAUCUCUAGCCGUUAUGAGUCCACAGCAAAAGAUACCACAGAAAAGAUCCCCCAGAUCCCCCAGAGUUCUUCUUUUGUCAACAGUAGGCCAAGCUUCAAUAUGAGCUGGUUACCAUCUGUAAAAAGAGAUGUAUUUGGAGCUGUGAAAUCACACAACAAAUCAGCUACAUGCUCUACAAGUCAUGGAAAAGAUAUUUUUGCAUUCAACAUUGAUUCACAGUUGGAUUGCAUCAGCGGAAAAGACAAAACCUUCACUAACACCUCUGCCGUAUCAAGCAGUGUUUCCAUCAAUAAAUCAGGACUCAGCACAACCAAGAAAGGACAACCUGUGGCAAAGGAGAAGCGGCAUAUUAAGAAGCAUCUGUUCAGCGACACAGACACAGACAAUGCCAUGACGGAGGUCAGCUGGCUGAGGGAGUCAGGCAGGAAACCCAAACCCAAAGUUACCAAAUACCCCAGGCAGGCGCCUGUCAAGCCUAAAGCUGUGUCUCCUCAUACUUCAUAUGAAUCCCCAGAUUUACCCCCGCCCUCACCAAAACCUGUAAAGGGCAAUACUAAACCAAACAAGAAGAAGGCAGAGAGAGUGGAGCAUCCAAAGAAGACGUUGAAGCCAGCAGCAGCACCCAACAGACGACAUGCAGCAGGCAGGAGGCCCCAGAGAGCUGCAGCCGCCUCUGCAAAGAGCUACAAGGAGCCGGACACCGAUUACAGCCAGUCGGAAUCAGACGAACCUCCUGUUUCCAAGUACUCCUCCACUGAUCAUCUGGAGAAUGCUGAGAAAAUGGGUGAGGCUGCCCAGGUGACACAGAAAAGUACUGCCAGCAAAAGACUGACCAAAAGCUACAUGACCAACCUUCACAGCGGCCACUCAGCGUCGGUGCCAGAGCAGUCAACCACCUCCAAGCAGGGGAAAAAUGAGAAGACGUGUUCAGAGGUCCCAGAGGUGAAGAAGAGAAAAAACAGACUGGACAACAGCAACCAGUCAGAUCUGAAAAAGCUCAAACAGCAGAGGCCUGCGAAUGUUCUUCCAGAAACUUCCAAGUUGAAUAAGAGAAAUGUCCAUGCCCCAGUUCAAGAACAGAUGAAUGCAUUGAAGGAUUCCUGGGCUGCCCGCCAGACCUCUUUAUGUCAGUCCCCUCCUUACAUCGAGAGGAUGAGAUCUGCUGAGAGGUCAGCCCCAACCUUGGAUUUGACCUUCUCCCCUCACCUCACCCCGCGGGGAUCCCCACUCCCUGCCUCCCCUGACCCUCCCUGCCAGGACACCCCCUCGCCAAUCCUGCUGCUACCCAAACCUCAACCUACAGUCAGCAGUAAAGGAAACUUCAAGCCCUCUUCCUUGUACAGUGUGGAGAAGAAGCACGGCUCAUCCAAGACGCUAUCCAUCCAGUCUGUCAACUCGAUCCCUUCACUGACCCCCAUACAUCAAACCUCCAUUGGACCUAGUGUGGUAGAGACGAGUUUGACCCAGCAGUCCUCACCACCUCGGUCUCCUUUGGCUUUGUCCACUCUGCCCCUGUUGACAUCCACACUCCUGGAGUUGGAGAAGCCGCCCAUACCCAUACCCUCUCCUCCUCAGUCACCAUUACUUGAAGACACCGCACACAACUAUGGCUUCAAUUUUGAUUUUAGUAAAGUGUCUUCAGUGAGCCUGUCAUCCACUAAGUCAUCCGUGUUCAGUAUCAGAGUUAAGGACAGCUCCGCUGAAGUCCUUGAUGUUGAAGAAGAGAAAUCACCGCCUUCAGACCGAGGACGAAAGCCUGCACAGCUUCAUGUUUCAGGACCCACCCGCAAGCGGCACAUCUCCUCAUCCAGGGACUCUGAGGAAGACGAGAAGGAAGAGAAGAAGAAAAGCAAGAUGAGAGGGCAGCGUUCUCCUCGAAUGAAACCAAGGAAGUUAUUCAAGUCCUUCACUAAGAGUCAGGUGAGCCGAGUGAUGUCUUCUUCCCACACGAUGAGCUCCAGGCACUGGGAGGCUGAAGUUGAGAACGGAGACUUGGACAUCGACGAGGAUUUAGAGUUGCCAAAAAGUGCUGUAACCCCGAGUAACCUAUGCCAGCAAUUCAGCUCUGAGCUAAAGAAGAAGUUCCAGAAACGUUAUCAGAUGAUGGAGGUCUACAACAAACAUUCUUUGAAGACCGUCCAGCAACAUGUCUCCUCCCUCAACGUGGAAGUUACCAAAUACAGGACUCAGAGGCUCGAACAGGUUCAGGGUGUCCUCUUGGAAGAGAUCCAUAAAUUGGAGCAGGACGACACCGUGCUGAAAAACAUGGAAAAAGACCUGACUAUGUACUGGAAAAAGCAGAUCACGGCGUUCCAUUCCUACCAGGACCGAGAAAACAUGAGAAAUGGGUCCCUGACCAAAGCCCUCCAGAGUAACGUGUGUCACAACGUGGAGUACGAAGAGAAAAUAUUCACAAACCAGAUGUGCCUGAUAAGAAAAGACAUGAAGUCAGUUCAGGAGAGACUCCUCAGUCAGAUGCAAGAGGGGGAGAUCCAGAGUGUGAAGAGAGGUCUACAUGCUUUGUUUUUCCCCUGAUGGGACCCAUCAUGGGUUUCAGUUGAACAAAGUCCUGCCAAAGGUCUCUACACUCUAAACAAGGUUGUGUAUUUCACCGCACGGCGCACGCUGCAUUGUGUGCUUCAGCUGUGCUCAUUUCAUUUCAGAGUGUUUGCCUGAAGUGUUGAUUUUUCCAGGCUCUGCUUUUAUUGAACGUGGGCGUGUUUGGUUUAUUCUGACCUGGAUGUGUUGUUGCUUUAUGUUUAUGUUUUUAUUACAAAUGUUCCUAUUCUAAUUAAUAUUUAUUAUUUGAUCAAAUUAAUGAAUUCAGUCAUUUUAAGCGUUCUUUGAAAGUAAGUACAGGUAAUAGGUGUUUUCCAUGUCUUAAGUUUUCUUGGUGCUGUGAUAUUUUUUUGGAUUUAUUCAUGUUGGUUAGUUAAGUACUGGAAAAACUAAAUAUUUAAAAUGUUAGGUAAUCAAUUGUUUGUUUGUUUUUUUAAUCCUCUUCAACCUGAGUUUUAAUUAAAAAAUAAAAAAGGU